AUGACGACAUCCGCGACAGACUACGACACAAUUAUCCUGGGGGCCGGCGCCGCGGGUCUUGCAGCCGGUCUCUACACCACCCGGGCCAUGCUUAAGACGUUGAUUAUCGAGCAGCUGGGCCCCGGCGGACAGCUCCUGAUCACCGACGAGAUCGAGAACUACCCCGGCUUCCCCCGAGGGCGUGAAGGGCCAGGAACUGGCGAUGAUGAUGGAGCAGCAGACCACGCGGUAGUGCAUACCGACGACCGCACCCUCACCGCCAAGAGCCUGAUCAUCGCCACCGGCGGCUCGCACAACAAGCUGGGAGCAUCGGGCGAGGACGAGUUCUCCGGGAGAGGCGUGUCCUACUGCGCGGUCUGCGACGGCAACUUCUUCCGCGGCCAGGAUGUGGUCGUUGUUGGCGGAGGCGAUGCGGCCAUGGACGAGGGCCACUACCUGACCGGCAUCGUUAACUCCGUCACCUACAUCCACCGCCGCGAUGAACUUCGGGCCACCAAGGUGCUGCAGGAGCGGGCGUUCAACAACGACAAGGUCAAGUUCCUCUGGAGCCACGUGGUCGAGGAGUUCGUGGGCAACGAGGCCUUGGAAGCGGCGCGGGUCAAGAACCUGAAGACCGAGGAAAUUUACGACUACAACACGGCCGCGGCCUUCAUUUACGUGGGCUUCCACCCAAACACCGAGUACCUGAAGGGUCUGGUGGAAAUGGACGCGCUGGGCCACGUCUACACCGACAUUCACAUGCGGACCGGCGUCCCAGGCCUCUACGCCUGCGGCGACGCCCGCGCUGACUCCACCCGGCAGCUGGGCGCAGCCGUUGGCGACGGCAUCACCGCCGCCCUGACGGCCUACCACGACCUGCAGGAGUAG